CAAAUGAAUUAUUCACUUUCAUUUCAUUUCUUCUUUUUAUUUUUUGGGCCACCAAAAAAAACAACAACAUCAAUCCAAAGGGACUCUAAAAGAUAAUAUUAAGCGAGCCAAAAAAGAAAAACACUAGUUACCCAAAAAAAACCAUACCUAUCUACCCACACCAUGAUGAUCUCUGCUACGAAUUCUUGUACUUUGCCUCCAAUUUCCGAUCUCUUUUUAGCUUCGCGAUAUACUUCGGAGAUGUCACGAUCGAGUUGUACAAAGAUGUAUGAUGGCACCAGCCAUUACGCGCCAUCCAUGGAGCGAGCUUCGUUUUUAUGCUCGGCAUCAGAUCAACAUCAACCACUCAAAGCCAAGCGUAAACGAGCUUCCCCUUCUCAACUGUCCGUGCUCAACCGUGUCUUUAGUCAAACCUACUUUCCUUCCACCGAAAUGCGUGUUGAACUCGGGAAACAGUUGGGCAUGAGUCCUCGAACCGUGCAAAUUUGGUUCCAAAAUCGACGUCAAUCUUUGCGCACGCGUGGUCGAAGCCAAGCACAAGCACAAGUAUCCCCCUCUCACAGUCCAUUGUAUGGACGUUGCACUGAUACCAUGUAUACAUCCACUGCGGCUUACCACAGUCCUCCUUUGACGCCUCCCACCGUGAAUUUCAGCAUUCCUCAUCUUCCACCGCUUUCCAGCUGUCCUUCUACGCACCAACGUCCCGAACGAAUCUCGUUGCCUCCACUUCGAUUACCUCCCGUCUCAGCUUUUCCUCCAAGUCCCGCAUCGAUGACCUCUUCUUUUCCCAGCCCCACGUCUCCGGAUACCAUUCUUUUCCGCGAUUAAAAACCUCUUUUUUUUUUCCACCGCCAUCCAUCCUCUCAUUCUCUACAAUUUCAUUUCCCAUAUCAAUGCAUUUCUUUCUUUUUUUCUUUUUAUUAUCCUUGUAUCUACGUUUUUUUUUUCUAUAUUGCCGGUAAUCUUUCUUAUAUGCACGUAAUUCAUAUUUGCUUUCUUUCUUUCUUUCUCUGUUUCUAUUGCUUUAUGUAUCCACUUAUGCCUCGUUUAAUCUUUAUAUCUGUUUAUAUUGCAUUACACGACCUUUCUGAGCGAGCACACACAUAUUUUCUAUACGUUCGUUAACAUACGAAAUAAAUUCACAUUCACAAUGGAGCAUACACACACGCA